AUGGCUUUGGCAUCUGGGACUAAAGAAGUGAUCGUACUGAAGCAGACACAGGAAAAAGAUUUUACUUAUGUGAUGAAAUCUCUGUUCGCGGGUGGUGUUGCUGGUAUGUGUUCAAAAACAGCUGUUGCUCCUUUGGAUCGAAUUAAAAUACUGUUACAGGCCCAUAAUAAACAUUAUGCAAAUUUUGGAGUAUUUAGUGGUCUUGCUGAAAUUGUUAAACGUGAGAGUUUUAUUGCAUUAUAUAAAGGCAAUGGGGCCCAAAUGGUGAGAGUUUUCCCAUAUGCUGCUAUUCAAUUUACUUCAUUUGAAUUUUACAAAACACUACUAGGAUCUAUUCUUGGAAAUGGUUCACAUAUUGGAAAGUUUGUGGCUGGUUCAUCAGCUGGAGUUACAGCAGUUACCAUCACAUAUCCUUUAGAUACAAUUAGAGCACGGUUAGCAUUUCAAGUGACUGGUGAACAUGUUUACAAUGGGAUCGUACAUACUGCUAAAUCCAUUAUCCAAAAUGAAGGAGGAGUAAAAGCUUUAUAUCGAGGUUUUGUUCCUACAUUAUGUGGUAUGGUCCCAUAUGCAGGUUUAACAUUCUUCUGUUUUGAAUCUAUUAAAAAAUUUUGUUUGAAAACACUACCAAAAUGGUUUAGUAAACCAUCAGACAAAGAUUCUGGUGGUGCUGUGCUUACUAUACCAGCAAAAUUACUAUGUGGUGGUUUAUCUGGUGCACUUGCACAAUGCGUUUCAUAUCCAUUGGAUGUAACAAGAAGAAGAAUGCAAUUAUCAAGCAUGGAUAACAAUACAAAAUAUAGACAUGGUAUGAUCAAGACCUUAAUAACAGUCUAUCGUACUGACGGUAUUACAAACGGAUUAUAUCGAGGCAUGAGUAUUAAUUUUAUUAGAGCAGUACCUAUGGUUGCUGUAUCAUUUUCUACUUAUGAAUUAAUGAAACAGACUCUGCAUUUAGAUACUGGAGUUGAUUCCUGAAUACAUUUUUAGCAACCAGUGAAUUUGUCUAGGUCUAAAUAUUUUAUUAGAUUA